ACCCGGAGUGAGUCACCUGAGAGACUGAAGAGGCUGAGCUGAGCUGAGUGGGCCUGCUGGGCACGGUGGCCAUUUUACAGUACGUAUCAGUUCCUGUUCCCUUACAAACAGCCUCUCCAAGUCCAUCUGCAUGACCAGAGAGACAAGUCGGGGUCUAAAAAGUUUCUCCCUCUCCAUGCCUCACAAGGACUGCGUGAUUAUCUCUUUCUCAAUGAAUCACCCAGAUCAGCCCGCAGCAUGAAAAGCUGGAGCAGGAAAUUCAAGAGACGAGAGCCUGACAGUGUGCUCGGGUCCUCCUCUAGCAAGAGGAACUCCAUUAGUGAUCCACCAGUGCCUGUGUGGGUUACUCACACACCCACACCAGAUAAUAUCACAGAUGAUGGUGGUACAAACUCCAUAGGCUGCACAUCCAGCACAUCCGCACCGUACGCCGAAAAGGAGGAGCAAAAAGGGAACAUGAAGGACGGGCUGAAAUCCCUCAUCCUUCAGUCAUGGGGGGGCUUCAUCCAUAAAUGGACAAAGGAAAAUGACAGUUUGAGUGCCUCUGAAGCCAGCACCAGUAGGAUCCAGAUCCUUCCUAAUGGCACCAGGGUGAGCCCUCCUGUAAGUCCCCUUCUGGAGCGCAGGAACUGGGGGGAAUCACUUGGCAACUCGAGCCAGAACUCCCAUAAGCCCUUGUUAAGGGAGAGCCCUUCUGAUGAUCUGUUCGGUCAGGGCUUGCGAGAGGAAUCUCUCCUGACCAGUAUCCACCCUGCAGAGUACUACGCCGAGAAGCUGGAGGCCUAUAACCUGAAGUACUCUUAUUUGAAAUCCUGGCCAGGGUUGCUCAGACUUCUUGCCGGACUUCAGCUCCUAUUUGGGGGCAUGGUCUUAGCCUGUGUCAUCUCCUACGUACACAAAGACAGUGAGUGGUCCAACAGCUACGGAAUCUAUAACGGUGCAUAUAACAAUGGGCUAGGCAUGUCUGGGUACAGCUACAGAGGUCCUAUGACCCCCUUUAUACUGGCAGUGGCUGGGGUCUCCUGGAUUCUAACCUUCAUGCUCUUAGUGAUAGGAAUGACUAUGUAUUAUCGCACCAUACUCCUCGACGCCCCCUGGUGGCCCCUGACAGAGGGCUUCAUCAACGUGGCGCUGUUCCUGCUCUACAUGGCAGCGGGGAUCGUCUACCUGAAUGACUUGAACCGCGGGGGGCUGUGCUACACGACAAUCGGCGUUAAUCCCAUUAUAGCCAAUCUUUGUCGGGUUGAUGGGGGCCAGAUGGCGGGAACAGCUUUCAUAUUUAUCAACAUGGCAAUGUAUCUGGGAAGCUUCCUGGUGUGUCUGAAGAUGUGGAGGCAUGAGGCCGCACGUAGGGAGCGGGAGUACUUUGAGAGCAAGCCCCAGGAGGAGUUUCAUCAGUCCAUCCCACUCACCCUUCAAAAGACAAAACACAUAUCAUUCAAGGAUGAAAACGAUAAAGAUUAUAUCAAUCCAAAUGCACUCCCCACUGAGCUCCAUAAGAACCCAGUCAGCCUGUGCAGAGCAACAGCACCUGAAUACACCCCCAAAGUACAUAUCGUCGCAGACUACAUCAUAAAGUAUCCGGAGAUCAGCUGCGUGGAAGAAAGGGAAAAGUACAAAGCCGUUUUCAACGACCAGUAUCAGGAAUACAAGGACCUUCACAGAGAAAUGAGCACCACACUAAAUAAGUUUAGAGAGCUGGAUGCCACGAUGGCACGACUCCUCAGAGAGGGAAAAAGCCAAGAGGAUCAGCAGAGGAUUCAAAGCAUUUUGAAGAAGUAUCAACAGAAAAAGAGGGACCCCGGCUUCCUCGAGAAAAAGGAACGCUGUGACUAUUUGAAAGCUAAAUUAAGCCACAUCAAAAACAGAAUCCGCACUUUUGACCAGGAAGCCAUGGAAAACGGUCGGACGUGAAGAAGAACAGAGUGAAAUAUCCGCAGCGCCAGAUGAGUGGACAAAACAAAAAUCCUUUUUGUCACUGAUUCUUUGUCUCUUUUUUGUGAUUUGUUGCUUCCGUUCAUUGAUUGCAUUGAAUGUAUUAUAUUUUGAAUGGAAACCGUGUUUUGCACUCAGGAUGGACUAAAUUGAUUAUUGGACAUGUUUGUAUAGCAUCAACAUGGAACAUGGUUUUUAUGACACUAUUCUUACAAUUCUAACAUUAUAAGGGCUAAAUGAUACAUUCCUUUCGUACGGCGUUCAUGUCAUGUUGAAUUUUCCUUGUUUGUAACAUGUUGAUUCUAGUGUAAAUGAAAGUUCUGCCAG